AUGGCGACUACGCAGAUCCUACUUACGCCUCAAGAGCAGAGACUCCGUCUCCUCCUCCUGGACGUGGCCCAUUUUAUCGAUGAGGCCAAACUGAUCCAGGAGAAGAUUGAACUACGGUUUGCGGGAGGUUGGGUUCGUGAUAAGCUACUCAGCAUCCCAAGUCAUGAUAUCGAUACAGCAAUCAAUUCCAUGACCGGUUUUGCCUUUUGCGAGCAGAUGCAAAAGUACCUAGACAACCCCAAAAAUAUCCAGAAGCAUGCCUUACAGAAGGCCGAUUUGGGCAGUCUCCACAAGAUUGCAGCAAAUCCCGAGAAGUCUAAGCAUCUUGAAACCGUCACCACCCGAAUUUUUGGCUUCGAUGUUGAUUUUGUCAAUUUGCGCAAGGAGGUUUACGCGGACGACAGUCGAACCCCUCAAAUGGAUUUUGGAACGGCAGAGGAAGAUUCUUUGCGGCGAGAUGCUACUAUCAAUGCCCUCUUCUACAAUCUUCACUCCGAUCAAGUCGAGGAUCUUUGUGGCGGCCUUGAAAGCCUCCGUGCGAAAUGCAUCAGAACGCCCCUUGAGCCACUUACUACAUUCACGGACGACCCAUUACGAGUUUUGAGACUCAUUAGAUUCGCUAGCCGCCUGGGGUUUACUAUCGAUCCGGAUGUUGAGGUGGCCAUGACCGAUCCUUCUGUUAAUGAAGCUCUCAAACUAAAGAUUAGUAGAGAGCGGGUAGGGGUGGAGCUGGAGAAGAUGUUGACAGGCAAUGACCCCCAAGGUGCUCUUUAUCUCAUUGAUAGACUUGGUCUCUACCCUUUCAUCUUCACAGACCCUACUGCCCCAGACUUCCCAGUCCCCAGUACCGUUAGCUGGAACUUUGUAUAUGGACUUUUACAGGUUUUGAAAGUUAAUGAGACUCCUGGAUCCAUCUACCACUCAUUGGUCCGAUCAGAUGAUGCGAAAUAUAUUGCUUGGAUACUUGCUGCACUCACUCCCUGGUCGUCUGUACCACUUCCCGAACGGAGCGCAACUGGCAAACUGCCACCACCUGUGGCGGCACUGAUCGCCAGAGAAGGAAUCAAAGCAAAUAGCAAAAUUUGCGACAUUGUCACUGGAGCUUUCAGGAAUUGUGGCGAGAUUACAAGUCUCAGAGAUGCAAUCAAGUUGAAAGACCCAUACAGUCAAGAGCGUGAUAAGCUAGGGAUGUCGAUUCGACGGUGGGAUUCACAAGGUAAAAAUUGGCGACUCCAAGUUCUGUUAGCCAUUUUUGUGGAAGCCUUGAAUGGGGAUGGUCAAUCAUCGUAUAAUGAGCUCAUUAGUGAAUGGCAAAUGUUUGUCAUUCACUUGGAAGAAAUGGAUCUUAUGGAUGCGCCUUCGAUAAAGCCUCUUGUCAAUGGAAACAUGCUCACCAAAGCUUUGGGAGGGAUCAAGCCCGGGAUUUGGAUGAAGCCGGCACUGGACCGUUGUCUUGAAUGGCAGUUGAGAAAUCCCGGCGAUGACGACUUUGAAAAAGCAAUUGAAGAGACGUACCUUAUCGUUGCUUGUCGCGGCGAUUUGGCGAACAUCCAAACUGCACUCUCGGAAAAUCGCUCCCUCCAAGUCCAUGACAUGCGGCUACAAUCAAGAUGUUCGACUCCACCCACAGAGUUGCUAAAGAACUACUCUCGCGCUGCUGUCGCAAUGUACGGCUCGAUCUUCCUUUGCCCGUCCAAUUUGCUAACCAGCGUCGCAGGUCUGCCGGAGCGAUACUCGCUAUCCGAACUUUACAUUGAAUUGAAGCCCAGGGACCAGAAGAGCAGCAAAAAGGAUACGCUCGAAAACGUUCUUAUCCUAACCAGCUGUCUCGGCAACCCCGACCGGAUUAUGAGAGAGAGCGCGGAGGAAGAUGCCAUCAAUAAACUGUUAUUGUGGGUUUCUAAGGUAAUUCUACCAGAUAGUGGUUUGAUUCGUCAAGAUGAAAUGCCGGAAGACAACGAGCCGGCGUCACGGCAGCGCGCCUUAAUCCUCACACAGCACGCAUCUACCUUAGGCCUCCAAAGUCUUAAUCUUCUAAUCACCCAAAUCCCAUCUUCGCCCCAGAAGACGCUCGAUCCCCAAAUCCUGCUCUCGCUCAUCGCCUUUACCAAUCCUAGUGAUCCCUGGACAACCCAAGCUGCAUCAGACACGGCACACUCACUCCUCUCAAAAUACACCGCCCAAACCCUCACCUCAGACUUUAUCAUCUCAUUCCUUCUUCAAUCUUUCAUUCGCCCUUUGUACUCCAAGUCCAAACCGACAAGCAUCACCUCGGCUGGCCGAAAAGCUAUGCCCUCGUCUGCACCGCCGAAGAGAUUUGAAGCCGCGGAUUUAGAUCGUUCAUCUAAGCCUUGGAAAUACGAGGUAGUGUACAGUAUUACUAUAUUUAAAUGGGCGGUAGAGAAUAUUCCCUCCACACUGAUAUCCUCAUCAUGGCACCUCUUCAUCCCACCUCUCCUAACCCUCCUCGACGACCAAAGCACACAUAUUCGCCUCUCGGGCAUCCAUAUACUUACACACCUCCUCCCUUACCUAACACCAAAACUGCUCUCCCAAUCCGGACUAGACCAGGUCUUUGAAGAUGCACUCAUGCCCAUACUACUCUACCUACCAAAUCUCACGCCUCCCGAAGAAUCUCUGCAAUUAUUACCUGCGGCAUAUGGGGCACUGGGGGUAUUGUGUGAUGUACGGUAUCCCCCACCUCCUUCACAUGCUACUCCCCAAACAGAAACAACGGACGAACAGCAAGCACAGCUCGAGAAAGAAAAAGUCAAGCUAUUAGACCGCAUACUCCGAAAAGGAAUAUUUGCAGGAUACGCGCAUUCAUGCGAACACAUUCCCAUCGUCGAGGAAUUAAUCCGGCAACUCCGAGUCUUGAUUUCGAGAUUGGGUAUCCAUACUGUGAAGCAUCUCAAGGACAUCUUACCCAUAAUACUCCCAUCGCUAUCCGACCCGUUCACCCCAUCAUCUAGUCCUUCCUUACUACUGUCUUGCAUUUUAGCGCUGCAAACAACGGUUUUGAACACUUGGCCUAGGCUUGGGGUUGAGAAGUAUAGGAUGGAGGUUAUUAAAGUGAUUGCGGUUGGUUGGAAGAAUACUACUGAUGCAGUAGUGGAUGAAAAGGAUGGAGUAAGGAAAGAGGGGUUGGAGACGGUGAAGAAGGAGCUGAAAGUACUGGGGAGGUUGUUUGUUAAAGCUGUGGAAGCGGGCGAUGGAGGGGAAGAGGUUAAUGGGGAGGUGGCGACGUUGGUAGCUGAGGUGCAAGGAAUGGGGAUGGAGGAGCUGUUUGGUGUUUGA